GAACCGGAUCCCAUCCAUCGACGACGACAAGCUACGGGACCAAUAGAUACCGUCAAUUGACAGCGCCUGCGCCCAACAAGUCUCCUCCCCGGAACCGAGGCCGAAGCAGACGUGUGAAACCCAUACAAUCACUCACAAUGUCGUCGUCCAAGUCCGGAGUCAACGUCCUCCGGUAUUCGGCCCUCGGCCUGGGCAUCUUCUACGGCUUCUACCACCAGCGGACCAUCACGUCCGCGCAAAAAGCGGCCGCGGCACAGCGCGAGUACGAGCACAAGCAGGAGUUGAUAAACAAGGCCAAGGAGGAGUACGCCAAGAAGAAGCAGCCCGCCGCCGCCGCCAGCACGUCCGCUCCCUCUGGGUUGAACCUAGAUCUGAACUCACCCAACUUCGACCUCGAGGCCGCCUUUGAAGCUCUAAUGAAGCAAUAAGCCAUGGCGCAGCUUAGACAAGAGUAGGGGGACGGAAAUCAGACGCGAUGGGGCGCGGCUGGAAUUUGACCGGGCAUAUGCGCCAGAGGAGUAAGCAUGGGAUGAGAGGGCAAACUAACGACGCCCAGGAAUGGUGGAGGGAGAGGUGGAGCAAUGGUUAGAGAGCAUGCGCUGCGCCAGCAAGGACGACGAUCGGUCAGGCUCGCGGGCCGCCAGGGACGACGCCAUAGACGGGCAGGCAUGGGUGUAUUUUUGCGUGCACAGUCGCAGCCACGGCAUAGAGAUAUUUCCUUUCUAUCUAGGCUCAUGUCAGGGCUGUACAUGUGUACAAUAGUGAAUAAGAGGCGAUUUCGCAUGGCUUCGCGGUU